UACAUCUUCUUCCAUUUGAAAGAAAAAAACAAUUGAAGUGUGGUUUUAGUUGUUCCUUUCACUUUUAAAAAUGGAACCUUUUCUGGUUUCUGUAUUGCUACUUGUAUUGUUUUCACCUGCCAUUUAUAUGACAGAUGCACAAUCCAUAGGAGUGUGUAAUGGACAACAGGGCGACAACUUACCGUCAGAUCAAGAAGUUGUACAACUCUACCAAUCCAACAACAUUGGAAGGAUGCGAAUGUACGGUCCAAAUCCAUCGACCCUCCAAGCCCUGGGGGGCUCCAACAUUGAAUUAGUCCUCGACGUCCCCAACCCCGACCUUCCAGCUCUCGGGUCUGAUCCUUCGGCCGCAUCACAAUGGGUCCAAAACAAUGUUGGAAAUUAUUUCCCUAGCGUCAAGUUCCGGUACAUCGCGGUUGGAAACGAAGUGGAUCCCAACAAAGCUGACACUGCUCAGUAUGUUCAAUUUGUCCUCCCCGCCAUGCAAAAUGUCUAUAAUGCAAUUGCAGCCUUGGGUUUACAGGACCAAAUCAAGGUGUCAACUGCAACAUACUCGGCACUAGUAAGCAACUCAUACCCUCCAUCGCAAGGCUCUUUCGACGGUGUGAAGUCGUUCAUGGAACCGAUCAUUCAAUUCCUAGCCGCCAACAAGUCUCCACUGCUUGCAAACAUAUACCCUUAUUUUGCAUACAAUGGUGAUCAACAACACAUUACUCUUCCAUAUGCCCUGUUCACUGCCUCAGCUGAUCAGUCUGGUUACCAGAACCUUUUUGAUGCCAUGUUGGAUGCUAUGUACUCGGCCGUCGAGAAGGCGGGCGGACCCGGGGUGGAGAUUGUGGUGUCGGAGAGUGGCUGGCCGUCUGACGGCGGCGGUGCCGGAGCUACAUCGGACAAUGCAGGGACUUAUUAUAAGAAUUUGAUUCAGCAUGUGAAUGGAGGGAGUGGAACUCCCAAGAGGCCUGGGAAGGCUAUAGAGACUUACUUGUUUGCUAUGUUUGAUGAGAACAAAAAGAAUGGAGCAGGAACUGAGCAACAUUUUGGCCUAUUUUCCCCCAACAAGCAGCCUAAGUACCAAAUUGCUUUCAAUUAGUUGAGAUGGUUAAAAAUUUCAUCUACAUUCUAUGUCUACUUCUGUAAUUGAUUUUUUGUGUUUGGAGACUACUAUAUUAAUUGUCGAGUUUGAAAAGAUAGAAUAAAUAAGAAGGCCUAGGUUUAUUUUUGGAAUAAGAAUUCCUAGCUAGGCUUGUAUGAUUGUAUCUGCCUAUCAAGAAAUUAAGCGAUCAAUAAGUUAGCAUUACUAUAAAUUUUGAUUCCAAUAUCAAAAGAUUGUUUAGUUGUCUCCUUAAAAGGUUACUUCCUACUAAUAAAUACAUGUUACUUCU